AUGCCUGCGUUUCUCGACAUGGUGAAGGCGGCGGAGAGGGGGGAGGUCGACCUGCUCACGCGAUGUCUCGAUCUCGGGUUGAACCCUCGCGAGAGGCAUCAAUACACCGUCUCCUUCUACCAGCAGAACAUUCCCAGCGAGAAGCACCGGAAGCAAAUGGACGGCUUUUCGACGGAAAGUUCGGCGUGGACCGCGGCCGCGGCGUGCGGUCAGUUGGAGUGCCUGCGGGUGCUCGUGUCGAGAUGUGGGUGCGUACCAGACAGAGCUGUCGUGCAUGCAGCGGCUUGCGGCCACACCGAGUGCCUCCGCUUCCUCCUGGAGUCCGGCGGCGACGCGAAGGCUGUCGACAGCGACGGCGACAACGGCGACAACGGCGACAUCGACUCCACAUCCUCCGACGACGAUGAGCUAGUGAACGCGUUCAGGAUGGCGUGUGCCUCGGGUCGCGCGGACUGCGUCCGGCUGCUCAUCGCGCACGGCGCGGAUUGGGAAGACGACUACGCGAAGUGGUUGGCGGAGCAGAGGCCGGAGCCGCAGCUGGAGUGCUAUCGCGGCGACGGCGGACACGACCUGGUCCUCUGGAUCUUCCAACAGGCCCUAUUCGCGUGGCGGCAGGGGGGUAACAAAAGGGUGAGGAUCGCGUUUGGCGGUCAGUCGGCGAAGCCGGUGACGUCGCGGGAUCCGCACGGUCCUUCACUGCAGAAAAAGGGGUCGACUUGCGGUUGCCUUUCUGCGAUGUGCAUGCCGAGAAAGGUGAAGAUGCAUCAUUAG